UGCUGCCCCCUCUCCUCCUCCCAGCUUCUGGCUCUCGCAACCGGGAAGGCAGUCUCGGGGCGUGCGCUCUUGUGAGCAGCUCCCAAAAAUACUCAGAGGGGCGGGGGGCAGAGGGGGUGAGACAACUAGACAGGAAGACAGAUCCAGAUCGAUGAGACCGAGGUAAAGAACCACCAUCGAACUUCGCCGCAGCAAAGUUUGUCAAGUUGUUUAUUUCUUCUUCUCACCUUCAAGCCUCAUUACGCGCGCCGAUCCCCCUGCUCUCCAAACCAAAAAGAUGCCCAAAUCCUCCCCGUGCGUAUUCCCAUGGUCCUCCCUGUGGCUGGCAUCUUUGGUUACGUUGUUGGUGCAAUCGGUGCUCUCUUCCUCCUACUCUUCUUCUUCUUCUUCCUCCUCCACAUAUCAGAGGUCUGCAGCCGGUGGGAAGCGGCCGGGCUUCAUGGAGAGGACGCUGGUUCUCCUGGAUGUCAACACACGCAGUCCGAUCAGAGUCCUCAACGACAACUUCCUUUCCCUGCAGCUGGACCCCUCGAUCAUCAAAGACGGUUGGCUGGACUUUCUCAGCUCCAAGCGGCUCGUGACCCUGGCGCGGGGCCUGUCGCCUGCCUUCCUGCGCUUUGGCGGAAAGCGGACAGACUUCCUGCAGUUCAACAACCAGAAGAACCUUGCCAAGUUCAGAGGCCCGGGGCCCGACUACUACCUGAAGAACUACGAAGACGAUAUAGUGCGUAGUGACAUCGCACUGGACAAACAGAAAGGCUGUAAAGUGGCCAACCACCCUGACAUAAUGCUGGAGCUGCAGAGGGAGAAGGCCGCCACCACACAGCUCGUUCUGCUUAAAGAGCAACUGUCCAACAUCUACAGCAACAUCACAAUAACAGCCAGGUCUUUAGACAAACUGUACAACUUUGCCGACUGUGCGGGUCUGCACCUGAUCCUGGGGCUCAACUCGCUGCACAGAAACCCAGACAACUCCUGGAACACCUCCUCCACCCUGAGCCUCCUCAAGUACGGUGCUGGAAAGAAGUACAACAUCUCCUGGGAGCUGGGCAACGAGCCUAAUGCCUACCGCAGCAUGGUGGGUCGCGCGGUCAACAGCACCCAGUUGGCUCAGGACUACACCAAGCUGAGGACCCUGCUGCAGUCUGUGCGCUACUACCACCGAGCUCACCUCUACGGCCCCAAUGCAGGACGACCCCGGAAGAAUGCCAUCCAGCUGCUGGAUGGGUUCAUGAAGAAUGCUGGCUCUGUCGUAGAUGCAGUUACGUGGCAACAUUAUUACAUGGACGGCAGAGUGAACAAAGUGGAGGACUUCCUAAAAACUCGUCUGCUGGACACACUGACAGAGCAAAUCAAUAAAGUCACCAAGGUUGUGAACACACACACUCCUGGUAAGAAGGUGUGGUUGGGUGGACUGGGGCCGGCGUGGGCAGGAGGCAUCAGUAAUCUCUCUGACACAUACGCUGCUGGCUUCCUGUGGGUGAACGCGCUGGGUAUGGCUGCUGUGCAGGGGAUUGAUGUUGUCUUGCGUCACUCAUUCUUUGACUACGGGUACACACACCUCGUGGACCAGAACUUUAACCCUUUACCCGAUUACUGGUUCUCUCUGCUCUUCAAGCAUCUGGUUGGUCCGAGGGUUUUAGCUGUGCGUGUGGCCGGACUGCAGAGGAAGCCGCAACCAGGACGAGUCAUACGAGACAAGCUACGCAUCUACGCCCACUGUACCAGCUACUCCAAUCAUAACUAUGUGAGAGGGUCCAUAACAAUCUACAUCAUCAACCUGCAUCGGUCGCGGAAGAAAAUCAAGUUGGCGGGGACGUUACGGAACAAUACAGUCCAUCAGUACCUGCUGCAACCCUACGGCACUGAUGGACUGAGAGCCAAAUUCGUCCAGCUGAACGGGGAGAAGCUGCUCAUGGUGGACAAUGAGACAUUCCCGGAGUUUAAGCCUAAGACACUGAGGGCUGGACGGACAAUAGCCAUGCCUCCCAUGACCAUAGGCUUUUAUGUCAUCAAAAACAUUAACGCAUACGCCUGCCGAAGAUAACACUGAUCCGUCGCCCCUGUGCCGCAGGAGUGAUGCUCAGAUGUCCACCAAACCACAGACCCUCUGACAGCUCGACUCAAAGCUUUAACAACGAUGUGGCUUUUACAUUUUUUACGAACACAGGGAUGUCAGAAUACCACUUUCACAUUUUUGUCUCUUCAGUAGAGUGGACAUUCAGCUUGAAGACAGACCAGUCCUCUGGUUUAACAACAGCCACUUCAAGCAUUAUUUCAGUGGUAAUAAUUAAGCUAGAAAGAAACUCUCUCUUCUCUUGUUGUCUUCUCUGGUCCAACAAAGAAAUAUUUGCCCAGAAACCUUAAAGGGCUGCACUGAACACUUUCACUUCUCACCAACAACUCCUCAUAUGCUACAGGACCUGUAUGACUGUUUUGUGGCUUUGUAUGAAGCUAUGCGAUAUCAGUCCACAUUCUCUGACUUGAUUAAGCUGUAUUUUCUUCUCUUGGAGUUUUGUUAUCUCCGUGUCUGUCAAGAGUUUUCUUUUCUCUUCUCUUUCACUGACCGACUGAGAGAAAACUCUGAACAGGCAACAUUUCUGAAGCCUACACAAGUCAACUUCAGUUUGACUUGAUCCUUUCCACAAAGAGAAAAGGCUGUGGCGUGCGUAAGGUCGUGCUUUGUGUGUGUGCGUGUGUAUGUGUGUGUGUUUUAUUGAUAAAGCUACUGAUGUGUCUGUCCAGUCUGUUUUGCCUCUGAAACUAAUCAUUUAUUCUCUUGCCAUAUCGAGUGGCUUAAAGGGGAAAUCUGUUAUUUCUUACGGCUGUUUUUGCAGAGAGUACGAUAUCCAGGAUGCGUCUCUAGAGCUGUGUUGCAGCGAUGUGCACCUGGAGAACAAUGUGAACCCAUCUGUAACAUCUGUCGUCACAUGCAGCCUGCAUCAACACAAAAUCUACAUUUUGCUCUCACUUCCAGAAUCAUAAACUACCAGUUUUUCAGGUGUAUUUUAUCCUUUUAAUCUCACUAUCUUCAGUGUGAUCUUACAUUUUAUAAUCCUCUUAUGCUGCUAGGGUUUUUUGUACUAAAUAUACAUGAUAUAUUUUACAUAAUUUUGUACAGAUUUACUGUCGUAUAUUAUUAGAUGAUGUAUUGUACAUAAAAGAAGAGUGACGGAAAUAAGUGAUUUAAGCUUGAUAUGUUUACUUACAUACAGUAUACACCUAAUUUAUAUAAUUAAAUACUUUGCUAUGUCUUUAUAUUUCUUUUAUAAGAGUUACGUUAGUGGUACUAAUGCCCCGACUUUAAAGAAAAAUUUAAAAUAAUUUGUAUUGUACUGAAUAACAGGGUGGCUGGUUUAAGAUGCAAAUGUCAUGGGUGCAGGUUUUUUUUUUAUUGUAUUUUAUUUCUUUUAAGAUGGUUUACCCCUGUUUGAGAUUAAUUUUAGUUCAGUUUUAUAAUAUUUUAACCAUUUUAUUUAAAGAUUGG